AUGCCGUCCCCCAGCAGCGAUAGCAAUGGCCAGAGCGAGACUGAACCCAGACCCAGAGGCCAAACGGUCAAUAUCCUGAGCUUCUUCAAGCCCGUCGAGCCGUUACCGUUGCCGCUGCCGCUGCCGCCGCCGUCCGAUGAUGCGUCCCCGAAUAGCGAGCCCAAGCCGCCGAUCCCCCGUCCGCGCUCGCCGCCGUCUUCGUCGCCGCUGUCCUCGGAACCCCCCAGCACGCCUCCCGCACCAGCCGUGACCGAAAUCCGCGCCUCCGACGACGAAGCCAGCGACGACGACGACUCCUUGGUCGACAUUUCGUGCCUCAUCGGCGCCACCUCCAGGACCUCUGUCCCCGCCCGGCAUGAUGAUCCCUACUCGACUCCAAGAGCGAAGAGGACGGCAGCCGCCGGCCUCCGCUCGUCGCCGCUGGCCGUCACGCCUCGGCACAAGUUCGACCUGAAGGCUCUGGCAAAGGACGCGCGGUCCGACGACGCUGCCGUCGCGAGCUCGCUCAAGGUGCACCGGCCUGCUGCUGCUCCUGGCGAGAGCGGCGCCGAGGGCUUUGCCGCGGACGCCGCCGUCGGCAGGCACGUCGCGGGCGUCGUCAAGGACAAAGGCGGGCAGGAUGCUCACAGGGUGCUGCGCGCGGUGCGGAGGUCGGAGCCGGCCUGCUCCCAGCAUCGGUACCUGUUCUUCGCCGACAACCACGGCCCCCCGGACGCUCCGGAACCCCCGAGCUUGCCAAAGGGCUCUCCCUGGCAUCUCCUGACGCAGGGCAGCGUCGAAUCCAGGGAGCGGCACCUCACCUCUGGCUUGCCGCAGACGAUACUCCGCAAGAAGGGAGGGUUGCCGGACUCUCUGUUCGAGUGGAUGCUGGACUCGUUGUGUGCUCAGUCCUCAGCCAUCAUACGGCAAGAGUACUGCAACAUGAUUGCCAGCUGCCCAGAGCAGGUUGGGCGCCUGUUGACGGCCGAUCGAGCCCGGCAGGUAUUUAUCCGCCUGGGCGCUCGGGACUUGGGCCCCGCCGCCGCGGACCUCGCCGCGGACCUCGCCGUUUCCAGCUCCGACGACAUGGAACCAUACGACGAGCGCGACUGGUCCUGCUUGAAGUCCUUCAUCUCCCUCCUUGGUCUUGUUGCUGGUCGACUGACCGUCCGUGCUGCGGCGUACGCUGCUCAGACUCUCGUCCAGUUGGCCCUGGACAGCCUUCUGAUCAGCAACGUCGAUGUGCUGUGCGAGUUCGAGUACACCAUUCAGCAACUGGCAGACGCCAUACCGGGCCCGUCGUGGAACUCCUUCUGCUCCGAGACGUGCUCGCUCGUCAACACGAGGGUCGACUCGUGCACCGUAAAGACGACUGCCCUAUCGUGCCUACCGGUCUGCAGCAGACGAACACACGACCUGCGAAGACGGAUCGCCGUGGCCGACUUAUUCCACGACGACGCUCUCGCCGCUCGCAGCCCCGAAGACGUAGUCACGCUCCGCAGCAUCAUCGACCUGCUCAGCGGGGAGAGGUUUGCCAUCAGGCAAAGCACCGACUUUUCCGAACUGCGCGCAAGCGUCAUCCUCGUCAACAUUGCCGUCGACGACGGCUCGGUGGCGAGUUUUGACGACGCGGAUGGCGAGCUGGACUUCAACGCGCAGGUGGACGAGCUCGCCGGCAGACUCCGCGAGAUAUGGAGGAAGACGAAUGACUCGGGAAUGAAGCUGUCCCGCACCGAGGCCAAGAGCGUGGUGGAAUGGGUGCAGCAGCGCCUGGCGCAUAGCGUGCGGACAAGGCCAAAGGCAAAGAAGAGCGUGUUUGACCUGCCGGGUCAGCAGAAGGAUUUGUUUCUGCCCCGCCAGAGAGAGUACAUGAAGAGGUUUUUGGCCAUCAAGCCAAAGUCGACCCUGGCAGAGGAAGCCGAGGCCGAGGAACAGCGUCGUCGCGCCACGGAAUUGGAUGCAGAUACCAUUGUGGUGGCUGCAGAGUAA